AUGACUUCGUUCAUACUGUGUUUUACAAUUGCCAUACCAUCAGUAUUUUCACUUAUUUGGUUGACACCUUACGCCACUUAUGGAUUCAGCGCGGAAAAGUUGAUGUGGGUAUAUGAUAGUCCCGAUUUCAUGCCUUCCUUCGAUCGCAUAACUACUUUGGGAACUAGCAUACUGUCUACUACCUGCUACAUUCUCCUAUUGGGACUGGUUUUAAAUAAAAGUUCUUCAACAAGUAAUAAACUAAGUGACAGUUCAAGACGUCGAGAUACACUGUUAACGCUACAAGUAAUAAUCAAUGGAAGUUAUACUAUCUGUGUUUCCACCUAUUUCAUGUUCUUAAGGCCUUACUAUGUACCUUAUACUACAAUAUAUAACGCAGUUGAUAUUAUUUUAUGUGUAUUGUGGAAUGGAAAAAGUCCUAUCAUGCAUUUAUUCUUCAAUCGAUAUAUACGUGCAAAUUUUCUUGAGAAUAUUCGGAACCGAAAAAUUUUCUCCUUAAUUAUAAAUGUGCUGCUGCGCUUACGACACAAAAUAUCUGUCAGUAGCUUGCCCUUAAAUCGAGUGGUACCGGUGAAGGCGGAUUAUGUCGACGAAUGUGAGCGAUAUAAUCCACAGUUUAAGCAAACUUUUAUCGUUACUGCAAAAGCAACUACGAAUGUGCACCAUUAA